CUGAAACCGAUCUUUCGACGAGCCGACACAGCUCGAAGGAGAAGUCAAGUCCUCGACGACGGCGCAACAUCAGCAUGCCCAUCUCGUAUGCAAUGAUCGCCCGGGACCUGGCUGUGCUAUGCGAAUACACAGACGAGCCGGUCGACACGGAACCGGCAAAGUUUGCGCAUGCCGUGCUCCGCGACAUCGUCGACAAGGCACAUCCGACCGAGACCCGCAACGUGUUUACGAUGGGCAAGCGCGUGUACUACUACUACUUGUUUGAUGGUCUGACGUACAUUUGCAUGUGCGACGAAACGUUCCAGCGCGAAGCUGCGUAUGCGAUGCUGGAAGAGACCAAGAACGAGUUUCUGUCUCGAAGUGGUCACCGGAGCAAGACGCCCAAGGACUUUGCAUCGUACUUGCAUGCCAUCAUGACCAAGUACGAGAACGUCAAGAUACGAACCAAGAUUGACGUGGUCACGGAUCAAGUGAAAGAAGUAAAAAACAAGAUGGCCGACAGUUUACAUCGGUUACUCGAGCGCGGCGUCAAGAUGAACGACCUUGUGACCAAGACCGAGAAGCUGCACCACGACGCCCUCGUGUUCCAGCAAAGUUCCACCAAGCUCAAGAACGUUCUGUGGUGGAAAAACAUCAAGUACCAGCUUCUGGCGCUGGUGCUGUUUGCAGUACUCAUGUGGAUCGGCGCUAGUUGGAUCUGUGGGUGGGAUAUGAGUUCAUGUAGCAGCGGCAGCAACACGCGCAACAUUCCCAUGAUCCGAGACAUCUCGCACUCCGUGUCCAGCGGGAUUGACUCGGCCCAGCACGGAAUUGAAAGCACCGUCGAUUCGGCGCAACAACAACAAGUUGGAAGCACGAUCGACAAGGCCAAGGGGGUGGCCGCCGACGCAUUGCACCGAUAAAUAUGAAUGUCACACAUGAACAUGUCGUAACUAGUUAGUACCGAAACUCCACAUUGACCUACUUCGC